AUGUCGCGCCCUUCACUAGUCAUCGACUCCUCUAGCGACCUGGAAGGUGAUCGUGCGUCGUCGGAAGUCGAGUACGAGUCCGAUGACUCUCCCCUCAAUCAGCUGAUAGACCUGGAGGCCGUGGAAUCAGAUGAACAUUCUGACGAAUCCUCAUCCACCCUUGGACAUGACUAUGAAAAUGACGAAAGUCAUUCAAUGUUCACGAUAUUUAACGACCUCCCGCCUGAGUUGCGACGCCACAUCUGGGAGGCGUUCUGUCCUGAGUUGGCAAGCCAGGCUCGGAUGUUAUCCAUCCGGAUAGAAUGGCACCCAGCUAUACCCUAUCCCCGUGGCCGCCCCCCGCACUGGAGGUUUUCGGACGGUAUGGAACUUUCAGACCAAACGGAAACUCUGCGCACGGUCUCGGCCGUGAACCAAGAAUCACGCGAGAUUGUCCUUCGUCAGAACCCGGAUACCCUUCGUCUCAACGCCGGGUCGGGCGACGCAGAAGUUCGCUUCAAAAAAGAUCGGGACAUCGUCUAUUUCCAGGACCUUUGUAUGAACGAGCCGUACGAAGCGCCGUACGAUGCCCAAUUUUGCAACAAUGUUGUCCAUGCCGCAGUCUCAUUGAAUGGAUUGGACGGCAACGUGGCCCCUCGCUCGUCCGAGGAAUUCGAGAGUAUCUCGCGCCUGGUACGCGUUCUGCCGAACCUGGAGACGAUUUAUCUCAUCAGGCCGUAUUCUGAACUCAGCAAGAGGAGCAUACAAUGGUGUGGCUCUCGGAUGAUGCGGCAUGCCAGGAUAGAGACUUUCGAGGAGCAACCUGGCCUUGGCGAGGAUCUCGAGUGGGUGUAUUGUUGGCCGGAUCUCGAUAAGCGUUGGGAUGAAACGACACGCCGACUCAUAGACGACUUCCCAAACGAAAUUGGAUCUCAGCUGACGAAUGCUCUGUCGUCACGUGGUGUGAAACUGGCGCCAAUGAUUUGCUUUGAGUUUGAGAAAGGAAUAGAAUAUUUCGAAGAAUUGGUAAAGAGGCAUGAUCUUGGCCUUCCGCUGGACACCGAGGAGGGGAGCUCAGACGAAGAAGACGAAGAAGAGGAAGAGCCCGACGAGUACGAGAGUGAAGGAAUUGACGACAACGAGAUCAUCUCGAACGACUCAUCUUCGGAAGAUGAAUUGAUCCCUCACCCAAUCUCUCCUGGUGGCUCGCCCGAUCCAGGCAACUUCAGCUCAGCGGAAGAAGAUGGCGGUGCUGUUGCUCGGUUCUCCAGUCCGGAACAAGAUGCUUCAGACGACGAAGAAGAAAGAGAAGACAUGGAGCUCGCGGUCAGAAUCCCAAAGCGUCGCAUUGUGAGCGAUUCAGAGGACGAGGACGAGGAGCCCAGCUCUAAAAGAGUUCGAACCCAGGCAGUUGUGGAUGUUUCCUCCGAUGAGGAGGACGAAGCUCCUCGAGGUGCUUCACAGCGCUCUCGUGCUGGACGCGGGACACAAGUGAUCUCCUCGGAUUCAGAGUCUGGCCCUGAAAAUGAUGAUGCCAGGAAGGAUUCAGAGGGCGAUGAUUCACAGUCCGAAAGCGAGGACGACGACGAAGACGACAAAUCGCCGGCUCGUCCAUCGCUGGCAGAGAGGUUACGGCUCUUCCGCGAGCAAUAUCCUGCUGGUUUAUCUGACGAGGACAACGGCGAGAUGGGCAGUGAGGAGGGGGGUUCAUUUAUCAACGAUGACGAUGAAGAUGAGGAUGGAUCUGGGGAUGGUCUUUUGGAUGAUAUGGCUGAGCUGUCCGAGGGUGAGGGCGAAGGUUAUAGUGAGGGUGAGUGGUAG